CUUGCGGUAGGGCAUGACCACUCACGACAUCACCUGCCACCGCAAUUCACCUUUCGCUAGCUGCAUCACGGCCUAGCCCCUCCUUUAUUCCUACCUCUGCCCUUGCUCCGCACUCUCUCUGGCAUCUUUUCUGUCGAAACUCGUCGUGAGGACCACGAUUGUCUGCCAAGAUCUCACGAUUCCCUUCGCUGCCCGUUGCGACACCUCAGGCUCGGAAUGGCAUACUCGGUGCUUUUCCGCAACACCGAGCUCGACAAAUAGCAUCCUUUCAAGCCACCUUUUCACCAAGCCACCGCUUCCUAUUCUCGACUACCCUCGUCGCCUAAGCCAUCCACCAAUCGUCCCAUCCGCAUCCUCACCUCAUUCAAGCCACUCCACGUUGCACCGGCGCGAGCCACACGACCACCGGCACGCUCCGCCAGUGAAGCCAUGGCUCCUCCAUCCGGUUCGUCUCCCUCCUCCUCAGCCCCGCACCAGCACCCUCCGAAUGUCGAUGGCACGGCAGCUUCACAUCCGAAAGUGGUAUCCUUCAGGCGCAGCUCCUCGCCGAACCGAUCCUCGAUGGACAUUAUAUCAGAAAACUCGCCUUUAAUUCAACCAAGAACCUCAGAUGACUGCGAUUCGACCCUCAAGGCAGUCUCCCCGAUAGAGAGCGACGACUGGCAAGGAGACACGGAAGACUCAAAGAGCAGCUGGUAUCUGCUCUUAUUAACACUCGGUGGGCUCGGCUUGCAGAUAGGGUGGUCGGUGGAAACGUCAAAUGGAUCGCCUUACUUACUCUCUCUCGGCCUGAGUAAAUCUCUCCUCGCGCUCGUUUGGAUCGCCGGUCCCCUCUCUGGUACUCUCGUACAACCUUAUGUCGGCCUGAAAAGUGACAACUGUCGGAUACGAUGGGGCAAGAGAAGGCCAUUCAUUAUUGGCGGUGCAAUAGCAACUAUUCUGUCUCUUAUGAUACUCGCCUGGACGAGGGAAAUCGUUGGGGGGUUUUUAGGCAUAUUCGGCGCUGAUAGAUCAUCCCCAGGAGUAAAGAAUUGCAUCAUACUAUUCGCUGUUGUUUUCGUUUACGUGCUAGACUUCGCUAUCAACGUCAUCCAGGCAGGUAUUCGUGCCUACAUAGUCGACUGUGCACCUACCCACCAACAAGAAUCUGCGAAUGCUUGGGUGAUGCGAACCUCGGGCGUCGGCAACAUUCUUGGCUAUCUUGCGGGCUACGUCGAACUGCCCAAGUACCUUCCCUGGCUCGGAGACAGCCAAUUCAAAGUCCUCUGUGCCAUCGCCUCAUUUACCAUGGCUGUCACGGUUGGGAUCAGCUGCAGCACCGUCCACGAGCGCGACCCUAGAUUCGAAAGGCCUGCCGAAUCGCAAGCCGGCCUCAUGGCCUUCUUCAGAUCCCUAUUUCGCUCAGUUCGCAAGCUUCCUCCUCAGAUUCGGAAAAUCUGUGAGGUUCAAUUCUUCGCCUGGAUCGGCUGGUUUCCUUUCCUCUUCUACAUAACCACCUAUAUUGGCGAAAUUUAUGCUGAGCCCUACUUUGAGGCCAAUCCUCACAUGUCGGAUGCCGAGAUCGACAAAACCUGGGAAGAAGCAACAAGGGUUGGUACUCUCGCCUUGCUCAUAUUCGCUAUCACAACCUUCACCGCCUCGGUUUUCCUCCCGUUCAUCGUCCCCCCGACAUUUAAAUCCCCUCUGCAGCAUCCCGCAACCCCAAUGACACCCACAACGCCCCGCUCGAUGCACGGUUCCGGAUACUUCUCCCUCAAAGGUGCGAAGCGCCCACCCAAAACCUUCUCCGAGCGCAUAUCAGCCUGGCUCGGACUCCUCCAAAUCCCUGGGCUCACUCUCCGCCGCGCCUGGAUGCUCUCGCACCUGAUGUUCGCGGCGCUGAUGUGGCUCACCAUCUUCGUGCGCAGUACAGUCGCCGGAAUCAUCCUUGUCUCGCUCGUCGGCAUCCCAUGGGCCUUAACUAGCUGGGCCCCCUUUGCUCUCAUCUCCUCUGAAAUCUCCAAACGCGACGCCAUCCGUCGCGGCUUGCUUCGACCCUCAACGCGCGAAGCAGCACUCAUCGCCGAAGGCGAGGACGAAGCGAGCAGUGGGGGCGCGGAUCAGGCGGGCGUAGUACUAGGGAUCCAUAAUGUAGCUAUUGCAGCGCCGCAGGUUAUUGCGACGCUCGUCUCCUCUAUUAUAUUCAGGAUUCUACAGAAGCCGCGAGGUAGUCCGGGCGAUGAGAGUGUGGCGUGGGUGCUGAGGCUGGGUGGAUGUUGCGCGGUGGUUGCGGCGUGGUGGACUAUGAGAGUUGGGGAGGAGAAAGAGGAUGCAGAUAAUGCGGGAUUGAGGAGGAGGCUGUCUUGAGUGAUAGGUGGAAGCCUAGGAAUGUGAAUGAGAAGUGUGUUUUAUAGUAUGCGUUUGUUUGACUAGGAUUUGCUUGCUUGCAGGGUUUUUGGAGAAAGGGGUGGAUGGAUUUAUGGGCGCUUUGGCAGAGGUUGAAUGUUACGGUGGAGAUGUGGGCGCUUGGGUCAUGGUGGUUGGGUUUGGGUCUGGGUUAGUCUUGGGGUGAUGGAUACCUUCCCGAGGUCGGAUUUAGGAGAUGUUCGGAGCUAGUAUCUAGGUCAGGAAUCAAUCACGAGUUUACUUUA